AUGAAUUCUGUGCUGGCUCGUCCCUCGCUCUCCGAAGGGCUCAGCAACAAAUCCCCCGCCAUCCGGGUUCCUGAUCAUCUCCGCCCACCCCCGUCGCGUAACGGCCAUAUGAAUCUGGAUACCUUCUCCCCCGUCAACGAGAACGGAAGCUUCGAAUUCGACCGCGUGCUCAAGAGCGGCCGCGUUUCUCGACGGGUGAAGCAUAAACAUGUCUUCCGCGCCUCCUGGAAACCUGCCUACCUCGUUCUCCGCCCAAAUCUACUGUCCGUCUACAAGGAUGAAGAAACCACCCGUCUCCGCGUCUCGAUCAAUCUAUCCGACGUAACCGCCGUCGCCUCGGUCAAGUCGCCGCGCUCACAUCGCCAAUAUGUCUUCGGUGUGUUCACGCCCUCCAAGAACUACCGGUUCGAGGCGCUCUCCGAACGCGACGCAGAUGACUGGAUUGCUCGCAUUCGCAUAGAGACUCCCGCGGACGCGGACGAAGCUGCUGUAGCGGCACUAUCCAAGAAAGACGGCACCCCCGCCAUCCAGAAACAACUCAUCGAGGAUACAACCGAUCACUCUGACUUCGAUGCCGCCGGUCGCCCCAGUUCCCCCGAGGGUCGCACCCUGUCUCCUCGCGCCCGUUCCUCCCGCAAACCCCCUUACACCCAGGACUACUCCGGCAACGAUGUCACUUCCUACUCCGAGCUUUCCGAUGGCCCGCCUCCACGAAACAGUCGGUUGCGCUCAAUGCCUUCCAUCCAUACCCUCUCCAUCUCCGCGCCGGAUGACAGACUUUUGUCAACAUCCCUGCCGCGAGAUGCAGGCCGACAAGCAGAUCUAGGCAUCCUGCGCGAUCCCGAACGAGUCAUUUGCCAGGGGUAUCUGCAGGGACUGCGCAUCAAGGGCGCCGUGCGCCAGUGGAAACGACUCUGGGUUGUGCUACGGUCCAAGAACCUCGCCUUCUACAAGGAUGAGCAGGAGUACUCACCUGUUAAAAUUAUCUCCAUGUCACAGAUCAUCGAUGUGGCCGAGAUCGACCCCUUGUCCCGGUCGAAGAAGUUUUGUCUGCAAAUCAUCGCGGAAGAAAAGAGUUAUCGUCUUUGUGCUUCAGAUGAAGAAUCCUUGGCGCGUUGGCUUGGCUCGCUGAAGAGUAUUAUUGUUGCUCGCAAGAAGCUUGAAACAACUGCCGCCGCGACUUGA